AGUAGAAGAUGUUCGUGAUGAUGAUGUAGAUUGCAAAGGAGAAGGAGUUGUUAUUGUUCGUAAUAAUAGUGUAGGAUAUUAUAAAGGAGAAGGAGUCAUUGUUGUUCGUGAUGAUGGUGUAGGUUAUGAAGGAGAAGGGUCAUUGUUGUUCGUGAUGAUGGU